UCCUUCCCUCCCAGCAAAUCUCCACCAUGGAUUUUGGCCCUCCUUGGGCUAGUAAGGGUCCUACCCUUGAGGGCACUCUCUCUACCCCCAAUGCCACGACACCCUGGCUGGGUCGGGAUGAGGAGCUGGCCAAGGUGGAGAUAGGGGUCCUGGCUACAGUCCUGGUGCUGGCCACGGGGGGCAACCUGGCUGUGCUGCUGACCCUGGGCCAGCCUGGCCGCAAACGCUCCCGAAUGCACCUGUUUGUGCUCCACCUAGCCUUGACCGACCUGGGCGUGGCGCUCUUCCAGGUGCUGCCCCAGCUGCUGUGGGACAUUACCUACCGCUUCCAGGGCCCUGACCUCCUCUGCCGAACUGUCAAGUACCUGCAAGUGCUCAGCAUGUUCGCCUCCACCUACAUGCUGCUGGCCAUGACGCUGGACCGCUACCUGGCCGUCUGUCACCCCCUGCGCAGCCUCCAGCAGCCUAGCCAAUCUACCUACCCGCUCAUCACCGGGCCCUGGCUACUGGCCGCCAUCCUCAGCCUCCCUCAGGUCUUCAUAUUUUCCUUGAGGGAGGUGAUAGAGGGCUCCGGGGUGCUGGACUGCUGGGCGGACUUCCGCUUUCCCUGGGGACCGCGGGCUUACAUCACCUGGACCACCCUCACCAUCUUCGUGCUGCCCGUGGCCGUGCUCAGCGCCUGCUACGGCCUCAUCUGCCAGGAAAUCUGUAAGAACCUAAAAGUGAAGACCAAGGCCUGGAAGGUGGGAGGAGGUGCCUGGAAGGCUUGGGACAGGACCCCCGAGCUGGCGUCAGCUCCAGCCACCUGGGAGCUGCCGUCCAGGGUCAGCAGCAUCAGCACCAUCUCCCGGGCCAAGAUCCGAACCGUGAAGAUGACCUUUGUCAUUGUGCUGGCCUACAUCGCCUGCUGGGCACCCUUCUUUAUCGUCCAGAUGUGGUCUGUGUGGGACGAGAAUGCACCUGAUGAAGAUUCAACCAACGUGGCUUUCACCAUCUCCAUGCUCCUGGGGAACCUCAGCAGCUGCUGCAACCCCUGGAUCUACAUGGGCUUCAACAGCCAUCUCCUGCCGCGGCCCCUGCGCCGCCUGCCCUGCUGUGGGGGGCCCAGGCGUCAGAUGAGCAGGCAGCUCUCCAACGGCAGCCUCUCCAGCCGCCGGACCACCCUGCUCACUCGCUCCAGCUGCCCCCCGACCCUUAACCUCAGCCUCAGCCUCAGCGGCAAGCCUGGGCCUGAAGAAUCGCUGAAGGACCUGGAGCAGGCCAAUGGGGAGGCUGUCACUGAGCUGGGCGUCUUCUAG